AUGGACGCCCCACCAGUGUCCCAUAUCAUGGACGCCCCACCAGAGUCUCAUCAUGGACGCCCCACCAGUGUCCCAUAUCAUGGACGCCCCACCAGUGUCCCAUAUCAUGGACGCCCCACCAGUGUCCCAUAUCAUGGACGCCCCACCAGUGUCCCAUAUCAUGGACGCCCCACCAGUGUCUCAUCAUGGACGCCCCACCAGAGUCUCAUCAUGGACGCCCCACCAGUGUCUCAUCAUGGACGCCCCACCAGAGUCUCAUCAUGGACGCCCCACCAGUGUCCCAUAUCAUGGACGCCCCACCAGAGUCUCAUCAUGGACGCCCCACCAGUGUCCCAUAUCAUGGACGCCCCACCAGUGUCCCAUAUCAUGGACGCCCCACCAGAGUCUCAUCAUGGACGCCCCACCAGAGUCUCAUCAUGGACGCCCCACCAGAGUCUCAUCAUGGACGCCCCACCAGUGUCCCAUAUCAUGGACGCCCCACCAGUGUCCCAUAUCAUGGACGCCCCACCAGUGUCCCAUAUCAUGGACGCCCCACCAGUGUCCCAUAUCAUGGACGCCCCACCAGUGUCCCAUAUCAUGGACGCCCCACCAGUGUCCCAUAUCAUGGACGCCCCACCAGUGUCCCAUAUCAUGGACGCCCCACCAGUGUCCCAUCAUGGACGCCCCACCAGUGUCCCAUAUCAUGGACGCCCCACCAGUGUCCCAUCAUGGACGCCCCACCAGUGUCCCAUAUCAUGGACGCCCCACCAGAGUCUCAUCAUGGACGCCCCACCAGUGUCCCAUAUCAUGGACGCCCCACCAGUGUCCCAUAUCAUGGACGCCCCACCAGUGUCCCAUAUCAUGGACGCCCCACCAGUGUCCCAUAUCAUGGACGCCCCACCAGUGUCCCAUAUCAUGGACGCCCCACCAGUGUCCCAUAUCAUGGACGCCCCACCAGUGUCCCAUAUCAUGGACGCCCCACCAGUGUCCCAUCAUGGACGCCCCCCCAGUGUCCCAUAUCAUGGACGCCCCACCAGAGUCUCAUCAUGGACGCCCCACCAGUGUCCCAUAUCAUGGACGCCCCACCAGUGUCCCAUCAUGGACGCCCCCCCAGUGUCCCAUAUCAUGGACGCCCCACCAGAGUCUCAUCAUGGACGGCCCACCAGUGUCCCAUAUCAUGGACGCCCCACCAGAGUCUCAUCAUGGACGCCCCAUCAGUGUCCCAUAUCAUGGACGCCCCACCAGAGUCUCAUCAUGGACGCCCCAUCAGUGUCCCAUCAUGGACGCCCCACCAGUCUCAUCAUGGACGGCCCACCAGUGUCCCAUAUCAUGGACGCCCCACCAGAGUCUCAUCAUGGACGCCCCAUCAGUGUCCCAUCAUGGACGCCCCACCAGAGUCUCAUCAUGGACGCCCCACCAGUGUCACAUCAUGGACGCCCCACCAGAGUCUCAUCAUGGACGCCCCACCAGAGUCUCAUCAUGGACGCCCCACCAGUGUCUCAUCAUGGACGCCCCACCAGUGUCCCAUAUCAUGGACGCCCCACCAGUGUCCCAUAUCAUGGACGCCCCACCAGUGUCCCAUAUCAUGGACGCCCCACCAGUGUCCCAUAUCAUCGACGCCCCACCAGCGUCCCAUCAUCGACGCCCCACCAGCGUCCCAUCAUCGACGCCCCACCAGCGUCCCAUAUCAUGGACGCCCCACCAGAGUCUCAUCAUGGACGCCCCACCAGUGUCCCAUAUCAUGGACGCCCCACCAGAGUCUCAUCAUCGACGCCCCACCAGCGUCCCAUAUCAUGGACGCCCCACCAGAGUCUCAUCAUGGACGCCCCACCAGAGUCUCAUCAUGGACGCCCCAUCAGUGUCCCAUCAAUGCAGCCCACCAGUGUCCCAUCAUGGACGCCCCAUCUCAGAAUCGCAUGGGAGCGCGGAUGA